CCAAAUUCCUCCCAAACCCCAUUUCUUCUUCUUCAUCUGAGUGCGUAGAUCAACUCUAUACUUUCAGAAUCAUUGGAGAUAUUAUCGAUUAGUUUAGAUCUCAAGACCUAAUUUCAUGUUCGCAGUUUCCUUUUAGUUUUUCUGAUCAGGUUUGGUUCAGAGACGAUGUCACCACAACGGAUGAGUGGAUCAAAGAGGAAAGCGGCAAAUGUAACUUAUUCUGGAAAAUCAACACAUAAAAGGCAAAAACAGGAUUUGGUGCAAAAGAAACGCCUACGGCAUGCCAAUGGGUUAGAUGACGAUGCUGCGGAAGGAGCUCACGGGGAAUCAGAGCAGUCGAAGAUAAGGGGAGCUUCCUUGACUGAAAUGUUUACUCCGUGUCAGUUGGAAGCGCACGUUGCAACUCUCAAGCAAUGGGUUGGUGAGACUAAGCCAAAGGUGGAUGAGAAACGGGCAAUGGGAGAGUGUAAGAAUGACUAUGCAUGUCAGUUAUGUGGAGUAGAGAAGCUUUUUUCGCGAUAGGCGGCUGCUUCUUGUGCCGCACAGUUUUCAAGAAGAUGGACACAUAUCACAGUGCAUCAAAAUUUGGUGUGGAGUACCGAAUCUGCAAUAAAUGUUUAAAGAAAAUCGAAGGUGAAAAAGUCAGUGUCUCUGGGCUUCAUAUUAGCAAAGAAAAUAUAAGUCUGGAUAUUGAUCCCCUGUAUCAAGAACCAUUUGUGCAGUGUGAUAGAUGUGACCGUUGGCAACACCAUACAUGUGCGCUGUUCAACAAUGAAAGAAACGUUGGUGGGAAAGCUGAAUACGUUUGCCCAAAAUGUUAUAUUCAAGAUAUCAAAAAUGGGAUUCUUACUCCCUUGGAUCAGAGUGUUAUUCGUGGUGCAACAGAUUUACCAAGAACGAAGCUUAGUGAUUUCAUAGAAGGUAGACUCUUUUCGCGUUUGAAGAAAGAACGGUAUGAUAGAGCAAAGGGCAUGGGAAAGAAUCCUGAAGAGGUCCCGGGAGCAGAAGAUCUUGUCGUAAGAGUUGUUUUAUCUGUUGACAAGAGAUUGCUGGUGCAGCAAGAGCUUCUCAAUGUCUUUAAAGAAGAGAAUUAUCCGAAAGAGCUCCCAUACAGAUCAAAGGUCAUUUUGUUGUUUCAGAAGAUUGACGGAGUAGAUGUGUGUCUGUUUGGAAUGUAUGUCCAGGAAUAUGGGUCCAAAUGUGCUCAUCCUAAUCAACGCAGUAUAUAUAUCUCAUUUUUGGAUUCUGUCAAAUACUUCAGACCUGACGGUGUCAUAGCUGCCACUGGAGAAUCUCUUCGUACAUUUGUGUACCAUGAAAUAUUGGUGGGAUACCUAGACUAUUGCAAAACAAGGGGGUUCUCUACGUGCUAUGUAUGGUCUUACCCCCCUUCAGUUGCCGAUGAUGAUUAUAUAUUUAACUGUCAUCCGGAGAUACAGAAGAGCCCUAAGGUUGGAUCUCUGCGAGACUGGUACAGAAAGAUGCUUGGGAAAGCAGCGAGUGAAAAAAUUGUGGCGAGUGUCACUAACUUAUAUGAUCACUUCUUUGUACCUCAUGGGGAACAUAAAGUAACAGCAGCUCGUUUGCCGUACUUUGAUGGUGACUAUUGGCCACCUACUGCUGAGGCUUUGCUCAAGAAGCUCGCAGAUGGUAAACCACCACCAGUAAGGAAGGCAAGGAAGCAGAAACCUUCUUUUGAAGCUGAUGGAUGCCCUGAUGUUUCUAGGAAUUCAUUCGUGGACAAUCAGCUGAUGCAAGAGCUUGGUAAAGGCUUAUGGAAGCUGAAGGAAAAUUUUAUCGUUGUGCACUUGGAAACACAACAUAUGGCUGAGGAUACUGAUUGUGACGAAGAUGAAGUUAUCGAGGGGAGUCUUUUUGAUGGUAGGGAUAAUUUCAUGGAUUUCUGCGUGAAAAACCAGUAUCAGUUUGAUAAUCUUGGAAGAGCAAAGCAUUCCUCCAUGAUGAUACUUUACUAUCUACACUAUCCAAGCGCCUAUACACUGAAGUGGACAAGCCAAAAUGGGCUCAAUCCAGAGGUCGUACAACACCAAGUAGGCACUCAAGGGUAACUUUUCAACCAUCUAAAUUGGGUAUUUGUUAUACAUUUUCCUCCAUUACCUGCAGAUGAUAGAUCCAUGUUCUUAGUCUUUGCGAGUGCGCAUCAGCUUUGUAUAUAUCCACAUAGGUAUGCGUACAAUAACUAUAUUCCCUUUUACUUGCACAGUGAGAAAAUGCAGUAUUUAGUGGUUAAAUAUGUUUCAGAUUUUGUUGUUGUUGUUGUCAUGGUUCUGCAAGCGUAAGGAUCUCAUGUUGUUUCCGGAGUUCCUUGUUUUUUGCUGGCGGAAUUUGGAUCUGUAUUGUUAAUCUUUGAUUUCUUGCUGGGAUUUUCUUAAAUUUUGCUUUGGAAUUUAUUUAUUUCAAACAAUUUAACAGCCAAUUUGGAGACGCCUAGUACAGUAGAAGAGAAAGUUGUUGUCUUGGUAUUACCUUGUUAUUUGGGUAGUCUCUCAUUGGUCUGACGGAUGCGAUAUGGUUUUGCUGGCUCAUUAGUCCUACUGCACAGUAUUAUCUUUCAAUACAUAUUUGUUUGCUUACCAGUAAUUUGUUCUCACCUUUUCUGUAGUGUAUCUGUGGGGGUAUGAAUCCAGGCUAGCUAUUCUCAAUUCUUUCACUUUGUUCUUACCAGUAAUAUGUUUUUACCU